AAAAUGUUUUGUGUUAAUUGUGUCUUGUCUUUAGGGAUUGUUUGGAUCUUGCAUAAACAAUACUAUCCAUACAUGGGCAUUGCGAAUCAAAGGGCCUUUGUUCGUUGCAAUGUUCAAGCCAUUGUCCAUUGCGAUAGCUGUUGCAAUGGGUGUCAUUUUCCUCCGAGAUUCUCUCUACAUCGGCAGCUUGAUCGGGGCAACGGUAAUAACAAUGGGGUUUUACACGGUGAUGUGGGGUAAAGCUAAGGAAGUGGCCUUGGUCGAAGAUGACAAAAAGGCUAACCACGAGCAGGCCAACGAAGCUGAUCUUGACUCUACAUCGGGUUCACAGAAGGCUCCUCUCUUGGAAAGUUACAAGAAUGAUGAACAUGUCUAAGGACUAUCAAGCAUUGAAGAUCGCGCUAUAUGUAUGUGUGAAAUUUCAUAUGUGAAUGUCUUUGUAAUUUAUUUAACGAAACAAAUAUGAUCUUUAAUUUUUAGGAAUUAAAUGUGUUCUAAUCAAAAUCUCAUAAUUUAGGAUAUCUUCAAAUCA